CGUGGCCCACGUGAUCUCACAAGCGCCCCGCCUCUUCUUUUUUUGACCAAUGAGAACGAGACCAGGGGGCGGGCUUUUACAGAUGACAGCCAAUGUUGUGUCACGUUUGUAAUGCGCUUCUUAGCAUUAGUCACAUCCGGGUGAGCACUUUGUGGUCCACUCAGGUUUUUACUUUGAAGCUUGGCUUUCGGUCUUCAGGAUGUACGGAUCCUUUCGGGUGCUGUUGCAGGUGCUGUGGGCCCAGCUUCUCUGUGGGUGGGUGCUGGGCUCCGAGCUAACUUUCGAGCUGCCAGACAACGCAAAGCAGUGUUUCUACGAGGACAUCAUCAUCGGCACCAAGUGUACACUGGAGUUUCAGGUGGUGACUGGUGGCCAUUAUGAUGUGGACUGCCGUUUGGAGGACCCAGAUGGCACUACACUCUAUAAGGAGAUGAAGAAGCAAUAUGACAGCUUUACCUUCACAGCAGCCAAGAAUGGCACCUACAAGUUCUGCUUCAGUAAUGAGUUCUCCACCUUCACACACAAGACGGUUUACUUUGACUUCCAGGUCGGCGAUGACCCUCCACUCUUUCCCAAUGAGAACAGAGUCACUGCUCUCACCCAGAUGGAAUCAGCCUGCGUGUCCAUCCAUGAGGCCCUGAAGUCAGUCAUCGACUACCAGACGCACUUCCGCCUCCGUGAGGCCCAGGGGCGCAGUCGGGCGGAGGACCUCAACACCCGUGUUGCUUUCUGGUCCAUCGGAGAAGCCAUUAUCCUUCUUGUGGUCAGCAUCAGUCAGGUGGUCCUGCUAAGAAGCUUCUUUUCUGACAAGAAGACCACUACAACACGCGUCGGAUCGUAACAGUCUCUGAGCCUUGAGAUCUGAUUCAUCACUUUCUUUAUCCGUACCUGGGCUCGUGUGCAUAGAGUGGGUUAGAGUAUCAGUGCUGAUCUGAAAUUGGAUCAUAUCAAACUGCCAGGUCGUACAAUCUGACAUGUCCUUAUUCAGCACUGGUAUUCUUAGUAACUUUACGCAAAUGAGUCUUGAGCAACAAGGUUAUGUGUUUAAAAUGUUUUUGAGGGGUAAAAGAGAAUCUGAAGAAAGGCUUGCUUGUGUUGCUUGUAACUAUGUGUAUUGGAGGCAGUUCAAGCACUUGGUCAUAUAGUUAAAGCAACCCUUAAAUACUUUAAAUAUUUGAAACGUGUUCUUAUUUUACUUGUGUCCUUUUCUACCCCCAUCAUUUAAUAUCCUGUCUCCCUGAUCUGUUCAAUUUUUCAGCCCAAACUGUGCACUGAAAUAACCAAGGGAGUAAAAGUUGUGACUAAAUGUACUUGUGAUAUAGGGAGUUGAGGAUUUCUUUCCUUAUCUGCAGAGCACUGGGUCUCUAAAACCACAAUGGCAAGGCAAAGGGUGUUUCCCCAUAAAGGUUGCAUUUGGUUAUUAAAAAUAACUGUUGAAAUUUGUUUUCAUUGUUAUUAAACCUCACUGUAUUCAGUGAGAAAGACUAGACUUGUGUUUGCUUUUAUCGGCUUAUUUUAGAUGAGUUAUUAGAAGGGAGUGUGCUGUACAGAGAGGAAGCCAUCCUUCAAUCUAAUAGUAGCUUGAAACAGUUUGUAUUUGGGUUUAAGGAUUGAAUUUAGAGAUGCAGAUGGCUUCCUUUGAGUGACUGCAGCCAAAUCCUUAAAUGAAUUGAAGUCAGUUUUAGCAUUUUUGAUUCCAUUUACUCGAUUAUACAUUGGGUAAAGUCAUGCUUCAGUUUGACUACACCUUGGUGAAUUAUUGCCUACAGGUAGGGGCUUCUUCAUUACAUCUGUGUGACUCAGUGUUGGAGACCAAAAAGAAACAACUAAUAUUCUUGUGUUUAAAAGUGACACAUUUUGUGUGUUAAGUGGCAAUGCCAGUAAUUUUAAGUGCACCAACUUGUUAUAAAAACUUUCUUUCACUGGUUCCCUUGCAACGUUAUAUCUAAUUCUGCCUCUGCUGUUUAAAGUGUAACAACUUAUUUAUCUUGUGGGCUGAUUUUGUCCUCUUGGUUUUAUACAGCACUGUUGUAAAAUUCAUGUUUUUCAAAAUAUUGCUUGAAUAUACGAGAAUUCGAGUAACUCUGAGUUGUAGUUGUAAUUUGAAAUUUUACUCACUGACUACUCUUGUUUUCUAAAGGAGCAGGAAGGAAGAUUUUGACAUCUUAAAUUUAAUAUGACUGGUUCUGGUAUUUUCCACUCUCAUUGUUCAGUUUUUCGUCAUCUGAUUCAAUUGGCAAUACUGAAAGAAAAACUCUAAACAUGCAAGUUUCAUUCUGAACAUUUUCACUAAACAUUUGAGCCUCCAGGAAGCACUACAUAUAGUAGUUGCAGGCUUAGUUCAACGUGGUAGUGUCACUUCAGCCAGGAAUCACAUGAAAGUCAGUGGGUCAUUGUUUCUUUCACUAUUCACUGAUUUGCAGACAAAGACAGGCAUAGCUGAAACAUGAAAUACCUGAGUAUAACGCCAUUUUGAAGUUCCCCUGUAGGAUUUUCACAGCACACAACAUCAAUGAAUGUAAAUGACAUCCGAUCAUCUCCUGGCAAAGCUAGAAGACAUCGCUGUUGUUAAGUGAGAAUUUUGUCAUGACGAAGACAGACUUUUACAACUAACCCACUGAAAGAGACCAAAAACUCAAUGCUUUUUUGAAUUUAUAGUUUGGUCUUGUUUAUCUGAUUCUAAAGACAUGGAAAACAAGUAAAAGAUGUACUAUUAAUAUUGCCAUUUAUUAGUUGUGUCUUGGCUUGCCUUCCUUUGUUAUACUUUUCCCCUAUGUUCAUUGUCAGUUUUGGUAGGUGGUGCACUUGUAGGUAUGUGCACUGACAGGUCAUUUUUGGACACAAAUUCAGCUCCGAGGCAUUCUGGGAACUUGUUAAGUUAUUGAAAUGGCUGAAUAAACUUUGUUAAAAUGUC